UCCCCACAACACGUAAGCAACCCGUUCUCAUUUAAUAUUUAGGACUCGACCAGUACCAGCUAGCUAGCUAGCUAGAGACUAUACUAGACUGUACUGCACAAGGUCAUGUGUCUUUUAGUGAAUAUCCAAUGAUCAUGGCGACCAUCGACAUACCAUUCAAGACCCCUCUGGAGAUAAAGGAGACAAUUGCUCGCCUGGAGGAAAAGUUUGCUGAUCGCUACACUGAACAAGAUCCGUGGUAUCGUCACACCGUCCAAGAGAGACAUCGAUUAGCAACAAUGCAUUGCUUUCUGUGUGUAGAUGGAGGAAUGUCCCUGUAAUGCACCCAUGGCCACCAAAGACAGUCAGAAACAGGCAAAGGGAUGGUGGUCGUCGCCAUUGCUACCACGAGAACCGGGGCGGAGAUUAUCGGGAUCGCCGUGGUCACCAUGACAGAGAGAGGAGACGGUCACGUUCCCCACGUCCCUCAAACUAUCAUAAUCGCACACCCCCUCCACCUUACCACCAACAAUCACCUCCACCACCCUCACACCAUCACACAAUGCCCCCACACCCACACAAUCAGUACCACCUGUCCCCGUCUCGUGAACACCCUCCCACGCAACCAUUUCUAAGUUCCUCUUUGGAGCCGCACCCGUACCAGGGAAAUGUUCAUCAAAGCAUACCUGACAAGGGAAUUCCACCUCCACCAGAGGUGCCGAUGUUGGAGGCCCCGCCCACUCCCACCGAGUGUGCCUCCACUGAGGAGUCCAAUCCUUUCACCAAGACAGAGUCUGAAACAGACAAGAAAGGAUUUGAUAUUGAAGUGCUUGGAUCAUUUGGAGAUGAUGAGCCUAAAGCUCCGCCCACUAAGAGUGAUGUGACGGACAUCCUCAACAUGGCUCACGGAGGUCACACCAAGAACAGUCUCAAACCGAAGACAACCUCCCUCACUGGCAAGCACAGACGUGGAGAGAAGCACAUGAAACAGUCAAAAAAACAAUUUGAAACCAACCAACCGUCUAGCUCAAGCAAUCUACAAAUCACACACGGACACUCUGUGAACGUCUCUCCUACUGCGUUGCUCGUUAACCCGACAGCAAGCGAACAGAAACACUCGAUUAUUGCAUAUUCUUCAGAAAACUCGGACAGUGAUAUAGAUAUUAUGACCCAUGAUGUCAACAUUAUAAGACCGUCAACUGUCAAGUACAACACAACAAAGCUUGGGACAGGAUAUACUUCAAAUGAACCUGGUGGUGUAAAUAUUGGCUCUUCGGUUGUGGCAUCGAGUAAUCGAAAAUCAGCUUUCUCGGUCCUAAACGAAAGUUUGAGUAUGACUGGAUCUAUUAACACUACUCCUGGAAUUGUACCAUCUAUAGCUACAAACGUGAACGUCAUUCAAAACGAACCUGAUGAUAGUUUCGUUGUGCGGAUACAAAGAUGCUUCACAUCAGAGGGUAAUUCCUCUAAUGAACUUGCCGUAACCACAACAGCCCCAGGCAAUACACUCUCAUCACAAGCUGAGCAGGUGGAUGGUGGUCAUGAUAAGAAAAAGAAAAAGAAAAGAAAAAAGAAAAGGAUGAGAGAUGAAGAUUUGGUGUCUACCGUAUUCGAUGAUGGAGCUCAAGUUAGGAUAAAAUUGAAGCUCCAUAAAUGAGGUUAAUUUUAUGUACUCCAUGCUAUAUAUAAUUAUGAUCUGUAUAUAAAUUAUUGUAUUAUACACCUACAGUCAUGUAUAUAUAAAUUGCUAGAUGGUAUAUAAUUAUAUCCGA